AUGGAGAAUUUGAAUGUAUAUGUAGUUGGUGAAGUUGGACAUCCUAAAGCGAAAGUUAUUCGUAUUGUGCACAUUUCAGAUACAAGGGGAGCACAUGAUGCCUUUACAGAAAAUAUUCCGCGAGGACAUAUACUGAUUCAUUCUGGUGAUUUUACGUCUCAUCCACCUUCACUCAGUCUCCGUCUUUCAACAUGGUGCAAGAGUAUAGCUGGUAAACUCCCUCAGUUUAAGAAGCGUCAUUCAUCACCUGUUAAGAACUGGAAGCAGCAAAUCAAAGAAAUUGAUAACUUUUUUGCCCAACAGCCCCAUGAUUUUAAAAUAUUCGUUCCCGGUUGCUGGGAGACAUGGUAUUCUGAUUCAUCUGGUGACUGUCCUACUCCUGAAAACAUCCAGUCUCAUUUAACAUCGGCUAUCUAUCUUGAAGACUCCUGGUGUCAAGUCUUUGGACUGACAAUUUAUGGCAUUCCUUGGACUGCAGCUGAUGAUUUAAGACCAGAAGAUGGAGCAUUUGUACAGAGGCAUUUAAGUCAUUAUACAAAAUUUAAACUUAAGCCUUCAACUAGCUGCUUACGAAUUCCUGAUAAAAUUAAUGGUCAAAAAUCAUCCAAACCUGCCAUUACUCCCUCUAGCCCAUAUCAGUCUAAGGGUUUUGUGCUCCCCAACAUUGAAGCUGUUUCUAAAAAGUGGAUGGAUAUUCCAGAUAAUACUGAUAUUGUUGUAACUCACAUGCCUGCAUGGCGUCCUGAACUUUACCCUCAUAUAGCUGAUCGUGUAAAACCUGUGUUACACCUGUGUGGUCACGAUUUUGCUGGAUAUGGAGUAAUGUGGAAAAAAGGAACACUCUUUUGUAAUGCUGCUUUACAGCUUACCUCAACAUUUCCAUCUACUGGUUUACCACAGCGUCGUUCUUCAAAAACAGUUAAACAUAAGUCACAUGAUUCUAAUGAGUGCUUUUAUGCACUUGGUGAUUUUCGAGAACCCCCACUGUACACCGCAAAACCAAAUGGUCGACCUCGGCCUCCAAGAUGGCAACGAGGUCUACCAAAACAAUUAUCGCGUCUAUUUUCAAAUAAUCAAAGUUCCACUGGUUGUUCAUUUUUCCGGCAAACUCGUACACUCAGUUCUAUGGUAGUUACUCCAACACAGAGUUCCAAGGCUGCUGUAGCUCACACGAAUGCUGAUAUUGGAUUUAUCUAUGAUCCAGAUAUGCGUGCGGGGAUUGGUGCAAUGGCUGUUAAUGAUCCAUCAUAUAGUGGUAGUACAAAUGUUAGAUAUACUAGUAGUGGAACUGGUUUAUCUGGCAGUAAUGUUUGCUCUUCUGCUUGUCGUCGCAGUCCUAUUGUUGUAGAUGUUUAUGUUGUUAAUGAUGAUCAAAGUGUCAUACUUCCUCCAUAUGCCAGUUCUCUUUUAACUAAUUUAAAUACUCAGGAAUGUACUAUUCAUGAAUAA